UUUCCUUGAUGACCUGGAUGCAGGAGAACCACUAGUGCUGUGAGUCACAAGUGUCCCCCUUCACCGCCUUCUCCAGGCGAAAGGUGCCUACCUAGCUGGUCACCACUUUCAAGCAGAAGGUCAUCCCCAGCCAGAAGCAGGACCGGAGGGCGCGGGGCGUGGCCUGAGGUGCAGGGGGCGGGGCCCGAGGGACUAAUUGGCGCGGCGCGCUGACGUCGGGCGGAAGCGCACACGGUGCAUCGGCCCGGAAAUAGGCUGCGCGCAGCGCGGAGGGUCAGUCCGGCGGGGCGCUGCGUCGGCUGUGCGUGCUGCUUGCGGGAGAGCAUGGCGUCCGGGCCUCAUCCGACCGCUGCCGCCGCCUCGUCUGCCGCCCCGAGCGCGGGCGGCUCCAGUUCUGGCACCACGACGACGACGACGACCACUGCGGGGGGCAUCCUGAUUGGCGACCGCCUGUACUCGGAAGUGUCGCUCACCAUCGACCACUCGCUGAUCCCGGAGGAGCGCCUGUCGCCCACCCCGUCCAUGCAGGACGGGCUCGACCUGCCCAGCGAGACGGACCUGCGCAUCCUGGGCUGCGAGCUCAUCCAGGCGGCGGGCAUCCUUCUCCGGCUGCCGCAGGUGGCGAUGGCGACGGGGCAGGUGCUGUUCCACCGCUUCUUCUACUCCAAGUCCUUCGUCAAGCACAGUUUCGAGAUUGUGGCCAUGGCUUGUAUUAAUCUUGCAUCCAAAAUCGAGGAAGCGCCCAGAAGAAUAAGAGACGUGAUUAAUGUAUUUCACCACCUUCGCCAGUUGAGAGGAAAAAGGACUCCAAGCCCCCUGAUCCUUGAUCAGAACUACAUUAACACCAAAAAUCAAGUUAUCAAGGCAGAGAGGAGGGUGCUAAAGGAGUUGGGAUUUUGUGUUCAUGUCAAGCAUCCCCAUAAGAUCAUUGUUAUGUAUUUACAAGUCUUAGAAUGUGAACGUAAUCAAACCCUGGUUCAAACUGCCUGGAAUUAUAUGAAUGACAGUCUUCGAACCAAUGUAUUUGUUCGGUUUCAACCAGAGACCAUAGCGUGUGCUUGCAUCUACCUUGCAGCCCGAGCUCUCCAGAUUCCCUUACCCACCCGUCCCCAUUGGUUUCUUCUGUUUGGUUCAACGGAGGAGGAUAUACAGGACAUCUGCAUAGAGACACUUCGACUUUAUACUAGGAAAAAGCCAAACUAUGAAUUGUUGGAAAAAGAAGUAGAGAAAAGAAAGGUAGCCUUACAGGAAGCCAAAUUGAAAGCAAAGGGAUUGAAUCCUGAUGGAACUCCAGCCCUCUCAACCCUUGGUGGAUUCUCUCCAGCCUCUAAACCAUCAUCUCCAAGAGAAGUGAAAGCUGAAGAGAAGUCCCCAGUCUCCAUCAGUGUGAAGACAGUUAAAAAAGAGCCUGAGGACAGACAACAGACUUCCAAAAGCCCUUAUAAUGGUGUAAGAAAAGACAGUAAGAGAAGUAGAAAUAGCAGAAGUGCAAGCAGAUCACGGUCAAGAACGCGCUCACGCUCUCGAUCACACACUCCAAGGAGACAUUACAAUAAUAGGCGGAGUCGAUCUGGAACAUACAGCUCGAGAUCCAGAAGCAGGUCCCGCAGUCACAGCGAAAGUCCACGAAGACAUCACAAUCAUGGUUCUCCUCACCUUAAGGCCAAGCAUGCCAGGGAGGAUUUAAAAAGUUCAAAUAGACAUGGUCAUAAAAGGAAAAAGUCUCGCUCUCGAUCUCAGAGCAAGUCUCGGGACCACUCAGAUGCUGCCAAGAAGCACAGGCAUGAUAGGGGACAUCAUAGGGACAGGAGGGAGCGAUCACGCUCCUUUGAAAGAUCCCAUAAAGGCAAGCACCAUGGUGGAAGUCGCUCAGGUCAUGGCAGGCACAGGCGCUGACUCUUCCGUGAGCCCGUGGCACUUCCUGGUUGCCUCUGCAGUGUGAUAAUAUGGACACAAAAUCAAAAACAUUAAAGCAAACUGAUUAGGAUUUGAUUUCUCGAACCCUCUAGGUUUCUAGAAAUACUGAGGACUUUUUUUUUUUAAAGAAGUAUGUCAAUUUUUUUUUCUUUUCUUCCUUUUUUUUUUUUUUUUUUUUUUGCACAUUAAAAUACCCUAGCAGUAUCUUAACUGAAAACCAUGGUCAGGUUCAAUUGUACUUACUAUAGUUGUGUAUGUUAAUUGAUACAAGAACUGGAGCGUGAAUUCUGUAAAAAUGUAUCUUAUUUUUAUACAGAUAAAUUGCAGACAUUGUUCUAUUUAAGUGACUUUGUUUAAAUGAUGGUGAAUACUUUCUUAACACUGGUUUGUCUGCAUGUGUAAAGAUUUUUACAAGGAAAUAAAAUUCAAAUCUUGUUUUUCUAAA